AUGGCUCCCAAGAUUGCAAUUGUCUUUUACUCUAUGUACGGCCACAUUCAAAAGCUUGCAGAGGAGGAGAAGAAGGGUAUCGAGGCUGCCGGAGGUCAAGCAGACAUUUUCCAGUAUACCCCCAUGAAAUACGAUAGUAGUGAAGAGUUUAUUAACGAUUGA